GCCACGUCCGCGCUCGGUACGGCCAUCUUACGUAACGCUAUUUACUCCGACAUCUGUUGAGUGCUACGGUCUCAGCGACACGCUUGCUGCUAACAUCAGGCACCAAUCAUGGCCUACACAAACCCUCGCAAAUACGAAACAACGCACUCCAACACCUAGGAUAUCGUAGAAUAAUCAUCAACUUUACUGCCAUUCAUCCUGCCAAUUAUUAUUAAGCUUUGCUUUGUGAUGUGAAAAGACUGAUGAAGAAAUGUUCCAUGUCCAAUUUGAGGAGAAAUAAUGCAAUCGCUAAAGCUGUUGCUGAAGCUUUCACUGCCACCUCAGCCUUACACAAAUUUAGACUAAGUUAAACUUAAAUUCAUAUUUGAAUCAGGUUCGUGGGGAAGUUUGGAGGUCAUUCGAAAUUAAAAGUUAAGCAAAAUUCGCGAGCUAAGUGCGUGGGUACUGUGGUGGCGUCAGAGACAUCUUCGGAUGGGCGCACCGCAGACCCUUAAACCAUUAGAUGAUGAUUUUGCCCCAUGUGUGGAGGUAGUUGAUGAAACUCGGGAGGUACAAGAACGCAAGCUGGAUCGCCGGAGAGUACAGGCCGGUGGCCCAAGGCGCCGUGGUCUCGACAAUGAUCUGGAGAACGAGCGUCGUAGACCACGACGUAAACCCAAAAGGUCGCUGCCAAAACUAUACAACCAAGAAGAAGAACAAGGGAAGCCGCCUCAAGGCGGUGUCGUCACCUUUGAGCCGAUUGAUCAUGAUCACGACUUAUGCGAGAGAGUCGUGAUCAACAUAAGCGGCCUCAGGUUUGAAACUCAACUAAGGACACUUAACCAAUUCCCGGAAACGCUGCUGGGAGACCCAGCGCGAAGAAUAAGAUACUUUGACCCAGUACGGAAUGAGUACUUCUUCGACAGAAACAGACCAUCUUUCGACGCCAUUCUGUAUUACUACCAGAGUGGUGGUCGGCUGCGAAGACCCGUCAACGUCCCACUCGAUGUCUUCUCUGAGGAAAUCAAAUUCUACGAGCUCGGAGAACAGGCUACAAACAAAUUCCGUGAGGAUGAAGGUUUCAUCAAGGAAGAGGAGAAGCCUCUGCCAACCAACGAACGUCAGCGCAAAAUCUGGCUGCUCUUCGAAUACCCUGAGAGCUCCCAGGCUGCCCGUGUUGUUGCCAUCAUUUCGGUGUUCGUGAUCCUCCUUUCCAUCGUCAUUUUCUGCCUUGAAACACUGCCAGAAUUCAAGCACUACAAAGUUUACAACACUACCACCAAUGGUACCAAGAUCGAAGAGGAUGAGGUCCCCGACAUCACCGACCCAUUCUUCUUAAUAGAAACCCUGUGCAUCAUCUGGUUUACGUUCGAGUUGAUUGUGAGAUUUUUAGCAUGUCCGAACAAAUUUAACUUCUUCAGAGACGUGAUGAACAUAAUAGAUAUCAUAGCUAUUAUUCCCUACUUCAUCACGCUUGCUACCGUCGUUGCUGAAGAAGAGGACACGCUUAAUCUGCCUCGAGCUCCGGUAUCGCCUCAAGACAAGUCCACGAAUCAAGCGAUGAGCUUAGCAAUCCUGAGAGUGAUUCGUCUUGUCCGAGUCUUCCGGAUCUUCAAGCUCUCUCGUCAUUCCAAGGGUCUGCAAAUUUUAGGACGCACCCUCAAAGCAUCUAUGAGAGAACUCGGACUGUUAAUAUUCUUUCUCUUCAUCGGUGUGGUGCUGUUUUCGUCUGCGGUGUACUUCGCGGAAGCGGGAAGCGAAAAUAGCUUCUUCAAAUCGAUACCUGAUGCGUUUUGGUGGGCGGUCGUUACCAUGACGACCGUGGGAUACGGAGACAUGACGCCUGUUGGAGUUUGGGGAAAAAUCGUGGGGUCUUUGUGUGCAAUUGCUGGUGUACUUACCAUCGCACUGCCUGUGCCCGUCAUCGUGUCCAACUUCAACUACUUCUACCACCGUGAAACUGAUCAGGAGGAGAUGCAGUCGCAGAACUUCAACCAUGUUACCAGCUGUCCGUACUUGCCAGGAACCCUGGGCGAACCAUACUUAGUUUCAGGACCAAUCAAGAAGUCCUCAGCUAGCGAUGGCUCAUCAUCGGAUAUGAUGGAAUUAGAGGAAUCGGCUCUAGUAAUUGAUCCCCACUUGGAGACCAACCUGCGGCGGUUACGUGAGGAAGGAAGGUUGCUCCUUGAGCAGAAAAAGGUCUUGGAGGCUGCUGGUACUAGUGAUGAUAUCGCAACCCUGGAACUGCUCGACACAAUACGGCUGAAUCAGAUAAAACAGCAAGAGCUGUUAAAGCAACAAGCUGCGUUGGCGAAGCGCAAUUCCCGAGCCCACUGCAUGGAGCCACGCCGUGACCAGCGCAGGCGCACCCAGUGCAACGUACGCAUCAACCAAUUGCACAGCGCGAGCGCACCUGAAUCUAUAGAAACAGACGUCUGACCAACGGUUGAAGUAGAAGUACUCGUUCAUCAUUCCGCGGAAAAGUAAAUCUGUAAGUCAAAAAUGAUUUUAGCAUGACAUACUCACUGGCAUUUCAUUGAACAUUAAAGUCAGAUGCCAUUCCUUACAGAUACUAUUUUACUAUUGAAUAUUGAGAUUUAUUACGCGAUCGUCAAGUGUCAUUGAAAAGCCAGAUUUAAGACACUUCGCUAGUUGCUUAUAUGCCGCUAGCGAUGUCUUAGAAUAACCCCGUGUCUUGUCUUCCUCUCAUGUUCUUCGCGUCCUUUCAUUCUUUGUCAGUCAUGAAAACGUCUAAAAAUGCCUAUGUAAUAUAAAUCACCCCGGUGUUUAAGUGUUCUCGAUUUAAGAGGAUCGCCCCUAAGUGCUACUAUUAACAUUUUUAAUUUUUUCGUCAUUUUUAUAGACGUUUUCGUGCGAAUCUUUAAUCUCCCGACGAAAGAUAACGGAGCUAAAUUCCUUAAACAUAACUUAAAUGUAUCUUUGUAAAAAUAAUAAGUCUACAAAGAUAAAAAAAUAUCGUCGGGGGUUAAUUAGGUAUCUCCUACUGUGUGUAAACCUCUUCCAAAUAAUUGGAUGUGUACCAAUAUGUGUUUUAAUUUUACCUUUUUUAAUUUAUGGAAAUUAUUGUACGUCGGUACGUUACGUUGAGUGUUUAGCGAUGCAUCCAGUUUCUCUGUAAACGUUAACCCGAUGUUUUAGGUAAACAAAAUUUGCAUGAGAUUCUCGAUUACAACACGAGUUUACGAACAGGUGAAUGUUUUUAAAUUGUUUUAAAAUGCACUUAAACGAUUUUUUUAAAUUACAAAGUCUAUAAAAAUGUCGUGCACUUGUCGUUGGCCGCAGUUAAUUAAAUGUAUGACACUUAAUUAACUACAAUGGACUAGGAAACAAUUUAUAAAAUUCACUAUACAAUUUAUUAGUAACUUUUUUCAAGAAUUAUUGUAAAAUUUUAUAUAUACAAAAAAUUAAACUAAUUUCAAUUAUUAUUAGCCAAUCGUAAACUCUGCUCGGCGUAAAUCGAGAUGAUUGGCAGUCGAACAUAUCCUAAUGCAGUGUUUUAGUUAUUAUGUACAUAACAAGUGAUGUUUCACGUGCCUUGAUUGCGAAUGAGAAUUGUACUUAUUUAACCAGAUAUAAAAAAUGUCAAAUUAUCUAUCAACAAGACUUAUUUGACCCAAUUGUCUAGUUCAGCCUUGCGAUUCUGUAACUCACUUUUCGAACUCACACAGCGGUUUUCACAGCGGCGGUCGCGCUAAAAUCAGUCGUAAAGCAGUCAUUUUACGAUUUGGCAUUCUGAUAAACAAUUAACUACAAGCUCCCCACCUUAUCAGAAGAGUGAGUUACAGAAUCACAAGGCAGUUGACAGACAAGUACAAUGGCCCUGGGCUACAUAAGUUAACGUAUGCAGAUGUUAUGACAUCCUAAAUAAGGUGAUUGUCUGUUAUGUCUUUCUUUAUGAAGAAUUGAUACUGUAACUCAAUUUUGUCGGUGCAAGAAACUUUAUGGUUUUGGAAUACAUUUUCAUACAUAGACAAUCUCCUUUGUGUCAUAUUUAAUUAUCAUUCGUGGAACGUCACUGGUUCUCAGUCAGUAAAAUAUAGAAUUACACACGUGUCUAUAAUGUUUCAGGAAAGGCGAGUCGGGAUAUAACAGGCGGGGUCUGGCGUGGACGACUACCAGCCCGUUCGCCUCCUGCCUGCCACGUGUGACCCCCCCCGUUUUCCCACUCGGCCUUACCUCAAGAAACCCUCGAGGACUUUAUGUGCUUCUACGAAUUAGUUAGAAAUUAGCCAUUAUUAUAAACGCUUGUACCAUAUGAACAGAUUUAGUAAUAGUUCAAUUUAUCUCCAUCUUUAAUUGUGUGUAACAUCGGGGUUGAUGUUAGACAAAAGUUGACGUGAUUUUCGUUUUAUUUUGAUUCGGUAACAGCACCUCUAGUCGAAUCACAGGUAAACAAAAGGCGCUCGCUUAAUAUUAUAACGCCUCGGUAUAAGGGUGAUAUAAUGAAAAUAAAAAAUUAUAUACUGGUAGUUUUCCAUGCCAUUGGAAAACCUUUAGACCAUUUUGCCGGCUUGAUUCAGAUGUUAGACUUUACGUUGUUAAGUGAUAUUUGCUAUAUUAAUAAAUAACUUUAUCAACUCUACCCUACCCGAAUCUCUAUGUAUAAUUAAAGAUGGAAAUAAAUAUUUUAAAGGCUUAUUCCGCUUCAACACUUACAGCUACACACUUCGACACUUCUGUAAUAUUAGGAAUUGUUCUUCAGAAAUAUGUAAUUGAAAUAGGCCUACAAUUAUUAGAUGGUACAAUUAGGACUCUGGUAUAUGACAAUACAAAGGAUGUGACAAGGGGCUAGUGCGCCUAAAACUCGGAUUAUGAAAACCCCGGAUAUUGACGUAAAAUAUUCGCUUUGUUAACAUCCAAUGAGCGGCACAAGACUUACGAUGAUAAUUAUUGUCGAAUCGAAUUAUAUUAUGACAAUUCAUGCCUCUGUAGAUGCAACGAUUGAUAUAUUGAAUAGAUAUAGGAUGUCUGAAGAUCGGAUUUAUAAGAGAUCGUAAUAUUUGAAUGUUUGUUGUUGCAUAAAACGGUGCUAAGCGAUGGCAAAGGUGUCCUAAAUCUAUGCAUUGUAUGCAAUCUAUUUGAUGGAAAGUAACCGUUUGGAUGCGGUGUGUGUGGAAGAUGGCUAUGGUGAGGCAUUUAGAACGAGGUUGAAGGCAAGGAAAACGUAUUUAUAUUGAAUGUUGUGAUUCUAUGGGCAAUCGCCGACUGUACUUGUAACACCCUCAAUUAACCAUAGUAGAGAAUGACCGUAUAGUUGUAGAGGAUCAAUGUCGUAUUUACGAUAAGUGUGUUUAUUUAAUGGAAAGCAGAGGUUGUGAUAACUCCAGUAUUGCAUAUCCCAGUGAAGGUUUUACGCGUGUUGACGGUGAGCAAUAUGUUCAUAUCAGGUGAUUUUGGAUUUAAAUUGCGUCAAUUUACUCUCUAAAUUUAUAGAUAACGUCAAUAAUUCAGAAUUCGCUUGCUUUACGUCUAAAACUUACAUAUCGUUUGAACGGAGUCGUAAGAUUGUAUUUAAAAUGGAAUGUUAUCGGAGAUUUUUAUGAUGGAAGUUUAUCAUCUCAAAUUCGUUGUCAAUUUGCUUGUGUGUAGGCGUAGAAAUAUCGCUUUGGUUAUAAGCAUUAUUGGGAAUGAGCAACCAAAUUUCGGAGGCAUUUGUGCGUCACAAUAAUUCCACGGGCCUAAUUCCUUUUUAACAACUGGAUUUUAAAGCGUUUACUUCUCGUAGACAUGUGCUGUUUGAUGGUGUGUUCUCAAUAUCAAUAUUGCUUACAUCGAGGCGGUUAUUAAAUGUUCAAAGACAAAUAAUUUUUUCCAUAUCAUUAUACAUGUCAUAGCGGUAAACAUUAAAAUAUAAUAUACUCGUUUAUUCUCUUAGAUUAAAUUAGUGUUAGGUGAUAAGAUUAAGGAUCUUUGUGUCUAUAUAUAUCUGGGGAUUAGGUUUUACGUAACAAAAGCUGCCAAAAUAUCGCUUGGAUUUUUAAAAUAACCGAUGGUUUUUUAUAGCUGUAGGCCCCAAGAUAUGCGAAUUAUAUGGCAAUUGCAGUCUGUCGCCUCUCAAUUUCCUCAAUUUAUCAGUCAUUACACCAGGACAAGACGUGUUCAUACAUUACCAACAGUCCCAUCAAAAUACCUAUUCUAAUGAAAUCAUGGGGCCUGCGCCAUUAUAAAAUAAGAAAAGUACAUUUUAAACACUCAAUGUAAAGUAAUUUUCCGAUCAGAUUCAAUAUGUUUAAUUAAUAGAUCCGCCUUUCUGGCUGCCAAGCUAUAGAAUUGUUUUGGAUUGGAAGGUAUAAGCUUAAUAAAUAAUCAAAAUCCUACCUUAUUAGGCUGUUAUAGUACCUACACUGCAGUACCAAAAUUUUAAUUACGUACUCAUAAUUUAUAAAUAAUAAUAUAUAGAAUUUAAACGAAUACAAGCAUAUACUCGCACAUGCUUUGUAUUCGCAUUUAAACUCUAAGGCUGUCUUAGAUUUCAUUUCGAUGCACAAACGGUAUCGAGGUUGUUGCAAGUACAGAUACCUAUGUGUCAAUCUAUAUAUGUUAAAUUGUAGGUAUAUGUGUCUAUAUAGUCAGUAGCGCACGGGUCCACUGACUGACGAGUUACAGGAAUUAAUAGGUGAAUGUUGGAUUAUAUUAAUUUUAGCGUAAGACUAGUGAAAAACUAUGUUUAACACUAUUACGUCUGAAAAGGCAUUUUUGUUGGAAACUGUCAAAACAAUUCGGAAUUUUAAUAAAAACAACAGACUAGGCAUAUAUCCAUCUAAUUUUUAAACAACAAAGCCGUAAACACAUUUUAGAAUCGACGCUGAUCGAUCGACAGUCAAUUCGUAUUGCCUAGUCUUCUCAAUUCUAAAUAUAAUAAAAUUACGAUGUAAAGCGCGUUAGUUAUCGACCAAUUUCUUAAAAGAUGUAUUUUAUUGAGGCGAGACUGACGUACAUUCCAUUAACUAUAGUUAUAGUAUAGAUGUGUCGCAAUGGAUUGUGAAUUACUCAUGAUGGCCAAAAUUGUAUUUACGCUCACUGCGUAUUAUAAUUUUUGCUCAGUAUUAUUAGUUGUAUCGAAGGAUGUAGUCACGGACCCGAUGCGUGUAAACACCGUUUACUUUCCUUUAUAUCUUGCCCUGAAGUAUAUAUCCAAGUGAACGUAAUCUUUUAUAGGCAAAAUAUAAAGGAAGCAAACAUUAUAUCCAACUUCGUUUUAAAUGACUCGAAUGGAAUCUUGAAAUUAUCUUUCACUUCAAGAUUCUUAACAAUAAGUAGUUGACAUAUAUCUAGAUUUCACCCAGAUAAUUUUCUAUAAUAGUUAGGGCGAAGUUGGUUACUAUUAAUAUAUUUAGUCUGAAAAGACAGACUGUAUAUAAUAUGGUCUUUAGUAAACAACUGUAAUCAGUAAAAUUUAAUCUGUAUAUUUUAUUUUAAGAUCAAUAAUUAGAUAUAUGCAAACCUUAGCGUAUAUCGACUGGGUAUACUCGUACUUCUGCUUGAGCAAUUAACGGUCUGUGAGCGGUUCACGUGUUCUCCGGAACUUGGACGGGACUCGUCUCGGUUGCGACAGCUUAUGCUUAAACAGAAUAAUAAGACGUGCUGAUUACAUUGACCCAAAGAAUCCCAUAAUUGUUUUUCCACUUAGAUUUACGUGGUAAAAGUCAGAUUCGAGAUUUAGCGCUAAUUAAAAACCCUGCAUGACAAAACGUUUUGGGUUUGACAUGCGGGAGUGUAACUUACCGCUAAGGCCAUUUGUCCACCGCCACCGUCACCGGGGCGUCACCGAGAACGAGAUGACGGCGCCGAUUUAGCGAUACAUACAUAUAAUAUGGCCAUGUGUCUGUCGUUAGUUAGCCGUUCAAUUAACAGCCUAGCCUUUAAACUAAACGGCGCCGUUUAACUAACGGCCUGAAAGAUAUUCAGCCGUAGCGUUUGCUACAACAUUUAAUAAACUAGCUGGCAAAUGCUUAGGCUAUUCGUACGAUAGAGUCUAGGCAGUAAUAAAAAAGAUGACAUAAAAAAUAUUUCUUUUAAAAUUAAAUUGCUUAAGUCAAAUUAACAUUAUUAUUGUUACUACACUCUUCCAUUGUACUUGUUGUUUUUCAUGAAAUUUUAGAAAACACCAUCAAAGUUGUCGUUUACCGCCAUGUUGACAGUUUAAAGAGUUUCGUUUCAAGUUUGAGAGUAGCAAGUGGAAUUAAAAUUUAAAUUAACAGUCAACAGGCUAGGCAAGUAAUGAAACGUGAUCGAUCCAAGUCAUUUGCCUAGCUGUUUAAUCAACUGGCUGAACAUCUGUCAGGCCACUAGCUAAACGGCGCCGUUUAGUUAAACUUAGACUUAAUUUAAAUUUAACUAAGCUAGUUGGCGUCCACCGCACAGCCUUCACCCGAACGCCGUCAUCCCUGUCGCCGAUGUUUCGAGUAGUUGAAAUAAUCUCGUUCUCCGUGACGUCCCGGUGACGGCGGUGGUUGACAAACGGCGUAAGUCUUGAAUCCCUGCACUUAGAACGUCAAAACGCCGAAAACUAAAUAAUUAUUUUGAUCAAACAAUAAUUUGAAAUAGAAUACAUAUUUGAAC